AUGCCGCACCCGCUCUUCCUGUCGGUAGUCGACGCACUUCGUUUCGUUUCUGGUUUCACGGCGAAGAAUGCAACAGUCGACACGUGCAAUUGGAGCUUCAUCGAGCGACGAAGCAAGGACGACAAGUGCGACGACGUUGUGGUGUUCUUGCAUGGCUUCAGCAGUAUGAGGGAAGCGUGGCUGCGAGUGGCGCGCGGAGUCGACAAACGCUUCAGCAUCGUCAUCCCAGAUCUUCCUGGUCACGGUCGCACCACGCCCAGUGACGCGCUUUCCGACUAUUCCAUGGGAACUCAGGCUGAGCGACUUCAUAAAUUCCUGGAGAAUGAAGUACCUGCAGAAAAGAGGAUUCACCUUGUUGGCUGCUCCAUGGGCGGCAUGCUAGCCGGAGUGUACGCUGGGAUGUACCCGGAACGGGUGAAGUCACUUACGUUGGUGUGUCCUGCGGGGAUCACGAUGCCCAACAAGAGCGAUCUACUGAAGAUGCUGGAAAAUUCUGGUCGUAAUUUAUUGCUUGCACACACGCCCGAAGAUAUUAAAGAGAUGAACAAAGCCCUCCACUUCAAACCAGUGACUGUACCGCAUGCGCUGGCGGCGAUCAUCGCAUCGGAUCGGAAGAAGCAGCUACCAGUGUUGGAGAAGAUUAUCGGAGACUCCCUCGAGAACCCGAUAGCGCUCGAGGAACUGCUGCCUAACAUUCGAGCCAAGACGUUGGUCCUGUGGGGAAAGCACGACCGUGUUCUCGACGUCUCGUGCGUUGAAGUUCUACGACAGCAGCUGCAUCCAGAUACCCAGAGUCAAGUUGUUCUCAUUGACGAAUGCGGCCACCUCGUUCAACAUGAAAAAUACGCGGAGUGUAGCGCUGCGAUCAACAAGCACCUAGCUGAUAACAUGGGUGCAGAUUCGACAAUGCAAGGGCAAAGAGCGGCCAGCAGUAAGCUCAAGCAACUCGCGAUGUCCGCACGCCAAAUCAUUCCGAGCUAUCGUCGAUUACAAGCGCCAGCGCGGAGCUCGUAUGCCGUACAGUAA